AUGGCUUCAUCUGCUACUAUCGAAUCUCAACAACCUCUUCCUCAUUCCCCCUUCGCUGCGCUUCGUCUGGGUAAAUCUUCUCAAUCUAUCCAUGCCCGCCUGCUCCGUUUUUGGGACUCCUCAAAUUUCAGCAACCCCGGUGAAUUCAAGGGAAUCACUUUGCUUUUCCUUGAUGAGAAGGAUUCUAUGAUCAACGGCAUCAUUCCUGCUGAACAGGCAAAUCACUACCGUCGAUCCUUACAAGAAGGUGACAUCUACAGAGUUGCCCACUUUGAAGUUGGAAUAUGCCCACAUAUGUACAAGAGUACAGAGCAUACCUUCCUAAUCCGAUUCCUCGAAGAAACAACUAUUGAUCCAAUCAUCAACAAUUGUCCUCAUAUCAGCCCACAAAAAUUCAUGGUACGCAACUAUGAACAACUCCAGAUCCUUGCCAACACCAAUUUAGAACUCCCUGAUGUUGUUGGUCAAAUCCAAACGGUGAAAGGUUAUGACCUUAAGAACGCUGAAGUCAUUUCCCCCCUUCUCAUACGUCUUCGCAUUGCCCCAAACAUCGAAGUGGACGUGACUUUAUGGGACACAGCUGCAGCAACGUUUAAGGCAGUCUUAAACUCAGGAGAAAAAGCCCACACUAUAAGCUAUACCUUAGCUCCACCCCAGCAAGCAGGUGUUAUUUCAGCCCCAGUCUCCAAGCCAUCACAGACUUUACUUUGA